CUCGUCCCUCGGCUCGCUUUACUGGGCUUUAACACGGGGCUCUGUAUCAGCGAGGUUGGCGCCUAGCACUUUUUCUCGGGAUAUGUACCAAUAACUCCUAACCGGAUACUCCUCCACAAAGCGAAACAACAAAAACACGCAGGCGAAACUUUGAGGCGCAUAACUGUGUCGAACGCCUGCUGCAUUUGAGUCCAGAUUUCCCAAACUCUCCACCCUGAAAACAAACAUGCGGAGAUGUCGAGAGGAGCACAGCUGCCGAUAGGAUCCCGAGGUUGGGACCUUUAUGUCAAGCAAUGAGAGGAUAACAAAGCUGUAGAUUUUGCUGGAGAUUCCUGACCAUUGCUUCUUGGUGGCACACAUUGCAUCCCAUUUCUUCUCACCACAAACCGUCUUCAUCCUCCUAAAACACCGUAGUCAUCAUGACGACCUCUUCUUUACGGCGGCAGAUGAAGAACAUUGUGAACAACUACACGGAUGCGGAGAUCAAGGUCAGGGAGGCGACCUCCAACGACCCGUGGGGUCCUCCGACCUCGCUCUUGAUGGAAAUCGCAGACCUGACCUUCAACGUGGUGGCCUUCACCGAGGUCAUGGGCAUCAUCUGGAAGAGGCUCAAUGACCACGGCAAGAACUGGCGGCACGUGUACAAGGCCCUCACUCUGCUGGACUAUCUGAUCAAGUCAGGAUCAGAGCGCGUGGCCCAGCAGUGCAAGGAGAACAUCUAUGCCAUCCAGACUCUGCGGGACUUCCAGUACAUCGACCGGGAAGGGCAGGACCAGGGCAUGGGCGUGCGGGAAAAGUCCAAGCAGCUGGUGGCUCUGCUCAGGGACGACGAGCGGCUCAAGCAGGAGAGAUCGCAGGCGCACAAGACCCGUGAGCGUGUGACGGGAACCAGCAGUGCCAUGGCUUAUGGAUCUUUACCACCUCCCUAUCCGGGACGUCACACCGCUCAGCCCAACAUGGAAGCAGUGUAUGGGGAAGAGCACGGCAGGGUGAGGCACUCACCUUCCUCCUUCAACUCCUCCUCUUCCUCUCCUCAUCUGGCCCCAGAUCUGGAGCGCGCCCGGCCGCAGACGAGCGGAGAGGAGGAACUCCAGCUGCAGCUGGCCUUGGCCAUGAGCCGAGAGGAGAGCGAGAAGCCGGUUCCUGCUGUGGAUAUCGAUGAACAGACGCAGCUUCAGAUCGCUAUGAGUCUCAGUAAGGAGGAGGCACACAAGCCAGCUCCUCCUCCUCCCGCUGCUGCUGUUCUGGACAUGGACGAAGAGGCACAGCUACAGCUGGCCCUCACUCUCAGUAAAGAGGAACAUCAGCAGGAGGAGCGAAGCCGGAAGGGAGACGAGUCGUUGCUCCAGAAAGCACUUGAAGAGAGCAAACGAGAAUUGGAGGCCAAAGGGGGAAGAUCGGCCAUGCUGGAUCUUGCAGAUAUUUUUGCUCCAGCUCCUGAUGUGCCCUCUGCUGCCGAUUCUUGGGAUUCGUCCGGAGGCCAAAGUGGCUUAGCCCAGGCUGGUCCUCUGAGGUCUGACCCCUGGGAUAGUCUGGGAGAACCCAGCUCUUUAAGCCGUCAGCAUGGAAGCCCGUGGAUGGCACCGCCGGCAUCCAGUGUUCGUUCCCAGCCUUGGCCUCAGCGACAGCCAAAUCCUGACCCAUGGGACGCCCCUCAGAACGCCCCGAUCCCUGUGUCCAUGAAUCAGACCUGGAUGUCCCCUGCACCUGGAACUGGAGUGGACCCCUUUUCUCCCCUAGUAGCAGACAAACAAGGAUCUAUUGGCCCUCUCAAAACCCCUUCCCCUCGGGCAGGAAGUCCCUCAGAUGACAAUCUUUUUGACGAGGCUAUGGAUGGAGGUCAGGCAAAUAUAAAUGGUCACAGUAGUCCUGAGCAUUUUGAUAUGUCUUCCCUUGGCCGCGGUCUACCAAAAACAGCUCCUCGCACCUGCAGUACUCCCGAGGCAUUUCUGGGCCCCACCGGAGCUUCACUCGUCAACCUGGAUUCUUUGAUUCCCUCCAACCCUCCUUCCAAGAACUUCAACCCGUUUUUAUCAGGAAUAACUGCUCCAUCGGCCUCUAAUCCAUUCCAACAGGAACCGGCCCGUCUAACACUAAAUCAGAUGCGCCCCAGCUCCACAUCUCCUGUUCCCACAUCCCUCCCAUUUAAUGCCUCUCUGCCCAUGGCUUCCAGCAACCAGCCCAGCUCCCUGCCUACUACCUUCACACAGUCUGCGCAGGUCCCGCCGCUGGUCCCCGGACACCUGCCGCAGCCGCUGCUACCCCUGUCUAUGACAUCCACGCGUGGAGAUCCAGACCAACACAAUCAGAACCCGUUCCUAUGAGCAGACCCAAACAAGCUUUUAAAAUGACAAUUUAACCACCGACUUGACUUAAAACUGGAACACAUUUUUGCAUAUCUUUGCUUAUUUCACAGUUUUCCUGGUUUUGCUCUAUGCAGUCACUCGUAAGAGGCGUUCACACAUAUAGUGGUUUCCAGUGACAAAAAUCUGUCAUUUUCAACAAUGGUUACAAAUGAUGAAGCGAUGUGGCCGUAUACUGUGAUGUGACAAAGUUGAGAAAAGUUCAGUAUUAUGCAAAUAAGCGGUCAUGUAAUGUGGAGACCAGCAGUCACUGGUGUACAUGUGAUCCAUCUCCUGUGAGAUACUGUAGUGAGAUUCAAUAAGAUGUAGAAACUGCUUAAAGUCCAGACCCACCAAACUGACAUUGAAGAACUAGUGGCAAAAAAACAACAACAACAACAAAAAAAACACAAUUCCUUUUGUUAAGUCCUAGACGCACCAAGCCAAUGCCAAAGAACUAGCAUUGAAAACCAACUGUGUUGACGUCUGCGUUGUGCUUGAACUUAUUAUGAAGUAUCUCCACACCAGCAGGUGGCAGUAGUCUGUAUUUAUCAUUCAAAGAAAAAAAAACUGGAAGAGCUACUGCUGUUAAUGUACAAACCUUAAACAAAGGCUACUGUAUGUGCCCUCCUAACAUUGUCGUUUGCUUGCCUUCAUCACAUUAGUUUUUAUCUCAUGCAUUUCAUAACGCGCAAAUGGCCAAAAUCCGUCAACGCCAGAAAUUAAAUUUAAACAUAAAUGUAUAUAUCGUAAUAUACACAAAUAUAUUAAAUUCUUACAUUGUGAAAUGUGUUAAUUUGAAAAUUAUAGGGAUAGGUUAAGGUUAAUUUCUCACCUUAAUGCUGUCCGAACCUGUAAGACCUUCGUCCAUCUUCAGAACACAAAUUAAGAUAUUUUUUAUGAAAUCCGACAGCUUUCUGACCUUCCCAUAAACAGUAACACAACUGACACGUUCAAGACCCAGAAAGUUCGUAAGGACAUUGUUAAAAUAGUAACUCCCGUAUGAAGCCACGAGAAUCCUUUUUGUGCACAACAGUAAUAAAAAAACAGUAAUAACGACUUUAUUAAAAAACAUCUUAACUUGUGUUCUGAGGAUGAACACAUUUUUUACAGGUUUGGAAUUACAUGAGGGUGAGUAAUCAAUGACAGGAUUUUCAUUUUUGGGUGAACUAUUCUGUUAAUUUCAGCUGUAUAGUAGCUUUACAACAGUGCCUCCAUUGUUCAGCGACAUUUAAUUAAAUGUUGAUUCAAUGAUAUCGCAAAAAAAAAAAAAAAAAAAAAAAAA